AUGGCUGUGAGCCACGCCGCUGGUGAUAAGAGUGGCAACAAGAUGCUGUAUCAAUUUUACUUUGGCAGUAUAUCUUCGUUCAGCACGUACCCUGUUCUCACCCUGGUGACAGACUUCGCCGAGUGUCAUGAUGAUUUUGGUCUUAAGCCACCCGAUGGAAUUCUAAGGGAGCACACAUUUACCUGGUUGGCUUUCGCGCAAUACAUACACGUGACCACCACUCUGCCACAUCACAGCAAGGCUCCACGAGUAGUCCUCGUACAUAAACAGUUCGUCUUGGGCACGGCAAACGACCUUCUCCACCUACCCAAGAACUAUAAACUUGGCAACAUUGUAUUCGGAGACUACGAGAGAGAUGAAGAAGAUUGUUCACUGACGAUAUCUCAACUAAAGUUGGGAGUAACAUGUGGCCGCGCAUACAUCGAAAUGCCUAUCGCGGACAUUAUACCACAUCCUGAAUUUACCAGAUUCGGCGUUGGGAACAGUCUCGCUCUCGUGAAACUCCUUCGGCCGAUAAAAUCUCACUACAUGGUACCCGUCUGCCUGCCUACGAUAUCUGAACGUGACAGGAAAAAACACCAAAAAGUUGUUUACCUCAUCGACUAUAUUAGCACUGUUCCCAGAGACUUCGAAUCUGAGAAAAUGGCUAAAAUGAGUAUAAAGCUGUACACACACAAGGAGUGCAGACGCCAUCGCAUGCGAUCGAGAUUGGGCAGCGAGGGUGUGACGCACGUAUUAUGCACGUCGGGGUGCGGGGUGCGGCCUGGAGCGCCUAUCAUCAGUCACGCAGCCGCCGGAGCCUUCGAGUUGAUAGGACUAGCCGCGGGCGGAGCGCCCUGCUCCCGCCGCUCUAUGCGCCGGCGCCUCAACGUCGACCCUCCCGUCUUCAUCGACAUCUACCCCUACUUCGCUUGGGUCAUCAAUGUUAUUACAGCUCACAUAUUGCCGAAUCCCUACCCUCAUACUUUCAUACUUACAGACGCUGACCCUGGUGAGAAUGGCCUGAAAAUGUUAAGAAGAAGAGAGAAGCAUGGAUGGCGCGCACGCACGUAUGUUUCAGGGAAUGCAUGCUUCCGGAGGAAGCAGAAGAAAUAUAUCAUAUUCUACGACGAAAAGUUUCAAGUAAAUGCCGAUCCUCCUGCGAAAAUAAACGUUUUCAUUAGGAUCUUUGCUGGACUGGACACGCAGAUCAAGUGUGUGCGAGUAACUCUGCCCAACCGGCAGGUGUCGCCGGUCAUUAAUGGCGCAGGAGGAUACGAAAUCAACAUAAGAUUCAACACCGAAUGGUUCCCCUACAGUUUCUAUUUCGCCGUCGGACUACAAGGUGUUAACGCAUCAGUAGACUUAACAGCGCAUUGGCAAAUGCAAAAGUGGGAGAAAAAAUACGGUGGUUAA